GGCCUCCUCCAUCCGAGGUGCGGCGCGCAGGCAUGUUCCCUGCUCAGGAGGAGGCCGACAGGACGGUAUUUGUGGGGAAUUUAGAGGCCCGAGUGCGGGAAGAGAUUCUUUACGAGCUGUUCCUCCAGGAUGGAGCAUCCUGGUGCUUAACGUCCUGCAGAACCGGGGGUCCAGCUCUGUCACGAUGCCGCGGACAGCACUCCCUUCCCCAGUCCUUUGAUGCAGGCCAAGUGGGGUUGAGAUGGUGGGCAUCAUGACUGUCACUAGUUCAUUCCAUACCCAGAAGACCUUCGGGAACUUUCUGAUACCCGGUGACUCCUGUGAGCACACUCACCUGUUGUAUACACCUGCCAUUCAUCUAAUGUAUAGUGACCCUGAAUUAUGGUGCAAACGCGAAAUAGGGUGCUGGGCACACAGGCUGGGCCACUAACCAAAGUGACUAUAUGCAGAGACAGAGAUGGAAAGCCGAAGUCCUUUGGGUUUGUCUGCUUUAAGCAUCCAGAAUCAGUGUCUUAUGCCAUAGCUUUGCUGAAUGGAAUUCGUUUAUAUGGAAGACCAAUAAAUGUGCAGUAUCGAUUUGGGAGUUCUCGCUCUUCUGAACCAGCUAACCAAAGUUUUGAGAGCUGUGUUAAGAUAAACUCAUAUAACUACAGGAAUGAAGAAGUGGUGACCAGAUCUUCAUUUCCCAUGAAUUUUUUCCCAACUAAUAAUACUGCUUUACCUCAAGAAUAUUUUUUCUUUCAGAAUAUGCAGUGGUAUGGCCAGGGCCCAGUGCUACAGCUUCCUUUCUACGAGGCGGCAGCCCCACUUCCUCACAGUUCUCCUGGCUCUUCCUCCAUGAGUCAUGCUCCAGGCCUAGAGGCUGGACCCAGCUCCUAUGAGUGGACUCACCAGCCGCCAAGCGACCCUGAGCCUUAUCAUGUGAGCAAACAUAAGAGGCAAAGGCAAGCCAGUGACAGCGAUAGUAGCACAGAGAACAACAGAGAAAGUGAAGGUCCUGUCCUUCCUGUCCCUGAGAAGGAAAGCAGGAGAGUACCAUGCGUUCAGAAGAUAACUGAAACCAGUUGCAACUGCUAUGGUCCUUUACAUUGUCCACAGCCACACCCAUUUUUAUCCAUAAAAUAUUUUGAAUCAGUAGUGUUGAUCAUUCCCACUCACUUAUUAUUUGGGUCCUAAUAAUGUUUUUGGUUCUACUUCCAUAUUAAAAAAAGUAAUAUCCUGGCUAGACCAUAGCCUUCAUCCCAGCAAUCUACUUCAGGAUAACAAUGUCUUAUUAAUUGUAUUCUAAGCUUAAAGAUCACUCACAAGGUGUGCAUUGCUAAUUGUCCUGUUUACAAACCAGAACCCUAAGAGUUAUUGUAAUUUCCCACUACGGCAUUUCCAAGUGUCCCUGUAACCUUGUUUGCCUUCCAUAUUUCCUGCUUGGAAUCAGUCACUUAAUGAAUGUCAUCCUAAGCAUGAGUCUGGUACUGAGGCUACGUCAUUGAUAAAGUAUGAUCCUGAAACUCAAGAAGCUCAGAAAGCACAAGGGGAAUUCAUAUGUCCCUUAAGGAAACAAACCCUAGGAGGAGGAGAAGGAAUAGCUUAACUACUCAGAAUAGAAGGGGUGUUUUAGAAGUUCUGUAGAUUUCUAUACUUUUACCUGUUCCCACAUUGUCAGCUCUGCCUUACACCCCUUAUUGGAGAGGUGGUUCUGAGUGCUAAGUCUCUGAAGGUCUAACAACCUGUGACAGUUAACUUCUGGUCGUCAACUUGACAAUUUAUAAUCACUGUGGAAACAUGUUGCUGGCCAUGUCUGUGAGGGCUUUUAUACAGGUUAACUGUAGCAGGAGGACCCUCCCUAAUUGUAGGUGGCACUAUCCCAUGGGCUGGAGUCCUAGACUGUAUAAAAAGGAGAAAGCUGGCUGAGCUUCCAGUUCAUUGCUGUGCUGCUGUGAUGAUGUGUGCCAGCCUCCUGCUUGUGACAUGCUUUU